GUUCAUGCAUGGUUGUGCAUUGUGGCAGUUCAAAACAACCAUACAUAUGCAUCGGACAAGAUGUCUCGCUUAGCAUUCCACACCGCCUCCGUCCUGGUCCUGCCACUGCUCGCUUCCAUCGUCUUCUUCCUCCACUUCCUGGCCCUGUGUCCACACCCCGCAUCAGCGGCAGCCAGCAACGACUCCAAUGCCGAUCAGCGCGCCCUCCUCUGCCUCAAAUAUCAACUCCAUGACCCAUCAGGAGCAUUGGCCUCAUGGAGAAACGACUCUCUCGCGUACUGCCAGUGGCAUGGCGUGACAUGCGGCGGCAAGCGGCAUGCCUCUCGAGUCGUCGGGCUGGACCUUGAAUCGGAGAACAUCAUCGGCAACAUAUUUCCUUGCGUUUCUGACCUCAGUUUCCUCGCGAGAAUUCACAUGCCCAACAACCAACUCAAUGGCCACAUUUCCCAUGAAAUUGGCCGCUUGACCCGGCUUCAGUACCUCAACCUCAGCAUGAAUUCACUUAGUGGUGAGAUACCGCAGACGAUAUCUUCGUGCUCCCGACUCCAAACCAUCGAUCUAUACAGCAAUUCCCUCCAAGGUGAGAUCCCUCCAAGUCUUGCUCAGUGUUCAUAUCUUGAGAGUAUUAUUCUUAGCAACAACAAUCUUCAGGGAAGCAUCCCUCCACAGCUUGGCUUGCUUCCGAAUCUCUCUGCACUGUUCCUCCCUAGCAAUGAUCUCACAGGCAACAUACCAGAAUUUUUGGGGACUAGUAGAUAUCUCAAGUGGGUGAAUCUUCAGAAUAAUAGCCUUAGUGGAAGAAUACCUCCUUCUCUGUUUAACAGCACAACCCUUUCGUACAUAGAUCUGUCCCAGAAUGUUCUUUCUGGGCGUAUCCCGCCUUUUUCGCAGGCUUCAUCGUCACCACUGCGACACCUUAGCUUAACUGAAAAUGAGCUCUCAGGGGAGAUUCCCCACUCACUUGGUAACCUUCCUUCACUAUCUGUCUUGCUGCUUGCUCAUUAUUCUGAAGAAGAGAAGGAAAGCUAA